UACAAACAAUAUAGCGGUCGAUGAAGGCCAUCAUGACUUGGUCUAUACAUGGCCACCUGUACUGUCGUCACAAACCAAACAACCGACAAAUAUGCUGCAGUCACAAGACUUGCUCAGGGACCAAGUGAGUACUCCAAAGCUGUUGUCGAUCACGCCGUGUUGGUGACCGAAUGCCUGCCAAGGUGAACAAUCAUUCGGGCCCUGCAUGUAUGACAGGACGGGCAACUACUCCGCGACCCAUCGGACAUGAGCGCGAGGUUGCUCGGCGGAUGCGGUUUGAGUAUCGGAAGUACGUUUUCCGCGCGUUCGAAAGACUUGUGACGGCGCAUAUGCUUGCGCAAGAAGAAGGAGAGGAGGACCUGCUCCUCCACGAGGCCAUGGAUCUGACGCUUCGUGCUGCGGCGGAGGAUGCCAAGGAUGCCGACUUCGAGAGGUCUGCAACAUCGACUGCCGGUCAGAAGGAGAGGGGACCCGUCGCGGCGUCUUCGCAGAGGAUGGAGCUAGAGCGAACCAUAACACCGUGGGAGGAAUGGACGCCGCAGGCAACCUCAACGCCACACCCGGGCCCUACGUCUUCGACCUCGCUGCUCAGUCCUGUAGCUUGGGGUGCACUAGCGACGUCGACGGUCCAUUGCAUGGCACGAAGGGGCAGCACACAUGGCGUAGCCUGCUGCCACCAUGCGCUUCAGACCAGUGAAGUCCCUCGCGCCAGGACAUUGCAAAAGAACGAACGGGGCGAUUCUUCCGGAAUUGCGGUAUUCACGGAGGAUCGGGCAGCCACUGCGACUGCAUUGCCUGGCUGGGGCGAUCAAGCCGUCUGGUAUACGUGGUCCCAAACGAUCGUACAAAAUGCAAGUCGAUAGCCAUUGGUCUGUGUAUCGAAGUCAGCCAUUGUUCAGUCUUGUCCACAGACCGCGGUCGUUACGUACCAUGAAGUUUAUACUCGCGACGAUCCAUGUGCAUAAUGAAGAACAGCUUACUCAGUCAAAACCUCCUGAUUAUCACUGCCAACGAGUGCGUUUCCAUCGCAGGAUGCCCGCACACUUGAGAGAUAUUUCACUGCUCGCGUAUAUGCAGGGCAGGUUAUCGCUGUCUCUGCGCCCGUCCGGUAUUUCGUAGGUGCAACGCGCGU